CCGAAGCGCCACAGCGAUGGCCGGAGCGGCGGUAAACCACAUCCUCGGGCUCGUGCUCGUGCUCAUCGACUUUGCACUGUACCUGGUCACGCUCGGCCCACUCAUCACGCUCUACCGCUACCUCACGGCGCAGACGGUGUUCGCGAAGCCCGUGGCGGACGCGGACAUCAACAAGGGAGGCCCGCCGAGCAAAGUGUGGCGCUCGAUCGACGCCAUUGAGGACGGAAAGCUGGAGGAUGGCAUCGCCUGGUUUGGCGGGUGCCACACUGCCUACGAAGCGUUCGCGCUCGCCUACAGCAAGUUCGCCACCAACCGCGCUCAGGGCACACGCACGCUCCUCGAGGCCAAGGUCGAGUCCGGCUACCGCUUCCCGACCAAGAUGUUCGGGCCGACGACGUGGCGGACGUACGCGGAGCUCGGCGAGCUCGCCCAUGCCUUUGGCGCCGGCCUCCGCCACCUCGGCAUCGAGCCGCAGCCGGCCGACGCCGUCUCUGCAGACCACAAGGGCGCUCUGGUCUACGACGAGACCUCCGCCGACUGGAUGGUCGCGGCGCACGGAUGCAUGUCGCAAGACAUCGUCGUCGCCACCUCCUACGCCACCCUCGGCGUCGACUCGGUCGCCAAGGCCGUCAAGCAGGGCGCGGUCAGCGUCCUCGUCUGCAACCGCAAGGCGGUGCCGGCGCUGCUCAAGAUGGUGGACCAGAUGCCCAGCCUCAAGGUGAUCGUCUACACCGACGCCCUCUGCACCGUCAAGGAGUGCGAGUCCAAGGUCUCCGGCGGCAAGAAGCCGACCCUCCUCUCGCUCGACGAGGUCAUCUCCAUCGGCAAGGCGCACACGCGCCCUCCGACGCCGCCCAAGCCGGACUCGCUCGGCGUGCUCAUGUACACCUCCGGCUCGACGGGCGACCCGAAGGGCGUGAUGAUCCUGCAGAAGCAGCUCCUUGCCCAGAUGGCCGGCCUUGUCCACGCCAUGCCCGAGGAGGCGCGGGACCCGUCCGUCAACCCAGGCACGCACAUCGCCUACUUGCCGCUGGCCCACAUCUUCGAGCUCGUCAUCGAGUUCGCCUUCUUCGGCUCGGGGCACGCGGUUGGCUACGCGGACCCGAAGACGCUUCUGCCCGGGCCCGAGAAGUGCAAGCCGACCGGCUCGCUCGAGGAGUUCCAGCCGACGCUCAUGGCGGGCGUGCCCAAGGUGUGGGAGGCGAUCAAGGCCGGCGCUCUCGCGAAGGUGAGCAAGGCGGGCCCGACUGCAGUCUUCCUGAUCGGGCUCGCAGUCAAGAUGAAGGCACUGGCGACCAAGCAGUACCGGUACACGCCCCUGUUCAACCUGCUGCUCAAGAAGUUCAAGCAGACGACGGGCGGGCAGCUGCAGCUCUGCGUCUCGGGCGGAGGCGCAAUCUCGGGCGAGGUACAGGAGUGGGUCCGGACUGCGCUCGACGCGCCGCUCGCGCAUGGCUACGGCCUCACCGAGACGACGGGCGGGACGACGGUCCAAAAGUACAACGACCUGUCGAUCGGCAUCGCCGGCACGCCGAUGGCGACGAUGGAGGUGACGCUCCAUUCUGAGCCGGAGAUCACCGACGCAGACGGCGCGCCCUACCUGACCACCGACACGCUGCACUGCACGGGCGAAGUCUGCGCGGGGCGCGGCGAGGUCUGGAUGCGAGGCAACAACCUGUCGGUCGGCUACUACAAGAUGGCGGAGCUCACCGCCUCCGAGUACACGCCCGACGGCUGGUUCAAGUCUGGCGACAUCGGGCUGCUCACGCCGGGCGGCGCGCUCAAGAUCGUCGACCGCAAGAAGAAUCUGGUGAAGCUCAAGGGCGGCGAGUACGUGGCGCUCGAGAAGAUGAACACGGCCUACAACAACUCUCCGUUCGUCGAGGUGGAGGCGGGGGGCGUCUGCUGCUUCGCCGACCACACGCUCGACCGCUCGGUCGCGCUGGCGCAAGUCAAGGAGAAGGCGCUGGUCGAGGCGGCCAAGGGAGUCGGCAUCGAGGGCGAGCCGAAGGAGCUCGCCGCCAACCCGGAGGUGCAGGCGCUCGUCGUCGCGUCCUUCAAGGAGGAGGCCAAGAAGGCUACCCUCGCCGCGCUCGAGACGGUGAUCGCCGUCUACCCGCUCGUCGGAGACCCGUGGAGCCCGGAGAACGGCUGCCUGACGGCGACGCAGAAGCUCGUGCCGAAGAAGUGCUUCGCGCACAACGCAAAGGAGCUCGAGGUCGUCAAGAAGAAGGGUAUCCGCUGAGUCGGAUGGCGGGCGCGGAGAAGGCGCGGUGACGGCGUCGCGGGUGAGGCGGCGAGGUGUGGGGCGGGAGAGGGGGCAUGCGCUCGACGCUCUCGGCGCGAGUCGAGAGCUGUGCGAGCGGAGGGAGACCUCAGCGCACUGCCUUCGCUCCGCCUGUCAAAAAGGGCGGGCGACGGAGGCAGCACACCUUGUGGGGGAGGCCCAGCGGAGCUCUGUGAUGGUGUAGUACACAUUCGAGAUGUAUUGUUCAUUUAACGCCCGGUUCCGGUUGCC